AUGUCCGUGCCCGCCCUGCUUCCUUCACCUCCCCUGUCCCCUUCCCACCCCUGUGCUCCUCUCUGCCCUGCUCGCUCUUCUCUCCACCUCCCACUCGUGCCCGCCUCUUGCUCUCAACACCCGCCCUCCCCUUUGGCUAACAGGCAGCGCCUGGAGAGGGGUCUGCCGGGGUGCGUCCUGUAUGCAGACGACCGCCGCCUCUCUGCAUCCUCGCUAAGAGCUGCUGGCAGUGACUCGUUUGAAGCGCAUGGGCGCGAGUUCCCCUACUGGCUCGCCACCAAGCUUAUCAACCGGGCGUAUGCACAGCGCCACGGGUACCGCUUUGUGGUGAUGGGCGAGGCGGACAAGGAGCCCGGCAGACACCCCUCGUGGUUCAAGGUGCGGCAGACACCCCUCCUGGUUCAAGGUGCGGCAGACACCCCUCGUGGUUCAAGGUGCGGCAGACACCCCUCGUGGUUCAAGGUGCGGCAGACACCCCUCGUGGUUCAAGGUGCGGCAGACACCCCUCGUGGUUCAAGGUGCGGCAGACACCCCUCCUGGUUCAAGGUGCGGCAGACACCCCUCGUGGUUCAAGGUGCGGCAGACACCCCUCGUGGUUCAAGGUGCGGCAGACACCCCUCCUGGUUCAAGGUGCGGCAGACACCCCUCGUGGUUCAAGGUGCGGCAGACACCCCUCCUGGUUCAAGGUGCGGCAGACACCCCUCGUGGUUCAAGGUGCGGCAGACACCCCUCCUGGUUCAAGGUGCGGCAGACACCCCUCGUGGUUCAAGGUGCGGCAGACACCCCUCCUGGUUCAAGGUGCGGCAGACACCCCUCCUGGUUCAAGGUGCGGCAGACACCCCUCCUGGUUCAAGGUGCGGCAGACACCCCUCCUGGUUCAAGGUGCGGCAGACACCCCUCGUGGUUCAAGGUGCGGUAGACACCCCUCGUGGUUCAAGGUGCGGCAGACACCCCUCGUGGUUCAAGGUGCGGCAGACACCCCUCCUGGUUCAAGGUGCGGCAGACACCCCUCGUGGUUCAAGGUGCGGCAGACACCCCUCGUGGUUCAAGGUGCGGCAGACACCCCUCGUGGUUCAAGGUGCGGCAGACACCCCUCGUGGUUCAAGACACCCCUCCUGGUUCAAGGUGCGGCAGACACCCCUCGUGGUUCAAGGUGCGGCAGACACCCCUCGUGGUUCAAGGUGCGGCAGACACCCCUCGUGGUUCAAGGUGCGGCAGACACCCCUCGUGGUUCAAGGUGCGGCAGACACCCCUCGUGGUUCAAGGUGCGGCAGACACCCCUCGUGGUUCAAGGUGCGGCAGACACCCCUCGUGGUUCAAGGUGCGGCAGACACCCCUCGUGGUUCAAGGUGCGGCAGACACCCCUCGUGGUUCAAGGUGCGGCAGACACCCCUCGUGGUUCAAGGUGCGGCAGACACCCCUCCUGGUUCAAGGUGCGGCAGACACCCCUCGUGGUUCAAGGUGCGGCAGACACCCCUCCUGGUUCAAGGUGCGGCAGACACCCCUCGUGGUUCAAGGUGCGGCAGACACCCCUCGUGGUUCAAGGUGCGGCAGACACCCCUCGUGGUUCAAGGUGCGGCAGACACCCCUCGUGGUUCAAGGUGCGGCAGACACCCCUCCUGGUUCAAGGUGCGCUUUCUGCAGCGGCAGCUGUCGUGCUGCUGCGAGUGGGCGUUCUUCCUGGACUCAGACGCCUACUUCCGCAUGGACAACCACCGCCUAUCUGUCCAAAGCUGGGUGGAUCGUCUCACUCUGCCGCACUACUUUGACUGGAUCGCCCGUGACUACAACAUCUCACUGGCCAACCAGACCUGGUUCCCGCGGCCCCCCUCCUCCAUCUUCUCGCACUCCCCGCCCGCCUGCCCCCCACCACCUCGGGGGGAGGGGCAUGGUGGGAGAGAGGGCGAGGCAGAAGAGGGAGAGAAUUGGAGUGGGGGAGGAGGAGGGGAGGGGGAGAGCCGGGCGGCGGUGUGUGUGGUGGCGCCGCGGAACGACGAUGAGGCGUCAGGGAUGGCGGAGGGGCGCGCGGGGGCGCUGUUCAACGGCAGCAUGGAGUAUGUGAAUGCGGGGGUCACCCUUUGGAGGCGCUCCCACCACUGUCUCAAGCUGCUUGCCAGCUGGCACGAGGAGCCAGCGAGGCAGUACCUGUGGAGGCGCAACUGGGAGCAGCCGAGGCUGAACGUGCUGCUCGCCAUGCCGCAGCACGUUGCUGACGUGGCAGUGGUGCCCUUCCGCGAGCUGACGGGGCACUCGGGGCGCGCCAUCCGGCACCGCUGGCUCAACUCAAUCAUGACUGAUGAGACUCGCAGUGAUCUGCCCUCUCCACUCCCACUCCCCCUCCCUUUAAUGCCUUUUGAGGCGCCUCAAAAGCCCUCUCCACUCCCACUCCCCCUCCCUUUAAUGCCUUUUGAGGCGCCUCAAAAGCCCUCUCCACUCCCACUCCCCCUCCCUUUAAUGCCUUUUGAGGCGCCUCAAAAGCCCUCUCCACUCCCACUCCCCCUCCCUUUAAUGCCUUUUGAGGCGCCUCAAAAGCCCUCUCCACUCCCACUCCCUCUCCCUUUCAUGCCUUUUGAGCCCUCUCCACUCCCACUCCCCCUCCCUUUCAUGCCUUUUGAGCCCUCUCCACUCCCACUCCCCCUCCCUUUCAUGCCUUUUGAGGCGCCUCAAAAGCCCUCUCCACUCCCACUCCCCCUCCCUUUCAUGCCUUUUGAGGCGCCUCAAAAGCCCUCUCCACUCCCACUCCCCCUCCCUUUCAUGCCCUUUGAGGCGCCUCAAAAGCCCUCUCCACUCCCACUCCCCCUCCCUUUAAUGCCUUUUGAGGCGCCUCAAAAGCCCUCUCCACUCCCACUCCCCCUCCCUUUAAUGCCUUUUGAGGCGCCUCAAAAGCCCUCUCCACUCCCACUCCCUCUCCCUUUCAUGCCUUUUGAGCCCUCUCCACUCCCACUCCCCCUCCCUUUCAUGCCUUUUGAGCCCUCUCCACUCCCACUCCCCCUCCCUUUCAUGCCUUUUGAGGCGCCUCAAAAGCCCUCUCCACUCCCACUCCCCCUCCCUUUCAUGCCUUUUGAGCCCUCUCCACUCCCACUCCCCCUCCCUUUCAUGCCUUUUGAGGCGCCUCAAAAGCCCUCUCCACUCCCACUCCCCCUCCCUUUAAUGCCUUUUGAGGCGCCUCAAAAGCCCUCUCCACUCCCACUCCCCCUCCCUUUAAUGCCUUUUGAGGCGCCUCAAAAGCCCUCUCCACUCCCACUCCCUCUCCCUUUCAUGCCUUUUGAGCCCUCUCCACUCCCACUCCCCCUCCCUUUCAUGCCUUUUGAGGUGCCUCAAAAGCCCUCUCCACUCCCACUCCCUCUCCCUUUCAUGCCUUUUGAGGUGCCUCAAAAGCCGUCUCCACUCCCACUCCCCCUCCCUUUCAUGCCUUUUGAGCCCUCUCCACUCCCACUCCCCCUCCCUUUCAUGCCCUUUGAGGCGCCUCAAAAGCCCUCUCCACUCCCACUCCCCCUCCCUUUAAUGCCUUUUGAGGCGCCUCAAAAGCCCUCUCCACUCCCACUCCCCGUCCCUUUAAUGCCUUUUGAGGCGCCUCAAAAGCCCUCUCCACUCCCACUCCCCCUCCCUUUAAUGCCUUUUGAGGCGCCUCAAAAGCCCUCUCCACUCCCACUCCCUCUCCCUUUCAUGCCUUUUGAGCCCUCUCCACUCCCACUCCCCCUCCCUUUCAUGCCUUUUGAGGUGCCUCAAAAGCCCUCUCCACUCCCACUCCCUCUCCCUUUCAUGCCUUUUGAGGUGCCUCAAAAGCCCUCUCCACUCCCACUCCCCCUCCCUUUCAUGCCUUUUGAGCCCUCUCCACUCCCACUCCCCCUCCCUUUCAUGCCUUUUGAGGUGCCUCAAAAGCCCUCUCCACUCCCACUCCCCCUCCCUUUCAUGCCUUUUGAGCCGUCUCCACUCUCACUCCCCCUCCCUUUCAUGCCUUUUGAGCCCUCUCCACUCCCACUCCCCCUCCCUUUCAUGCCCUUUGAGGCGCCUCAAAAGCCCUCUCCACUCCCACUCCCCCUCCCUUUAAUGCCUUUUGAGGCGCCUCAAAAGCCCUCUCCACUCCCACUCCCCGUCCCUUUAAUGCCUUUUGAGGCGCCUCAAAAGCCCUCUCCACUCCCACUCCCCCUCCCUUUCAUGCCUUUUGAGGCGCCUCAAAAGCCCUCUCCACUCCCACUCCCCGUCCCUUUAAUGCCUUUUGAGGCGCCUCAAAAGCCCUCUCCACUCCCACUCCCCCUCCCUUUAAUGCCUUUUGAGGCGCCUCAAAAGCCCUCUCCACUCCCACUCCCUCUCCCUUUCAUGCCUUUUGAGCCCUCUCCACUCCCACUCCCCCUCCCUUUCAUGCCUUUUGAGCCCUCUCCACUCCCACUCCCCCUCCCUUUCAUGCCCUUUGAGGCGCCUCAAAAGCCCUCUCCACUCCCACUCCCCCUCCCUUUAAUGCCUUUUGAGGCGCCUCAAAAGCCCUCUCCACUCCCACUCCCCGUCCCUUUAAUGCCUUUUGAGGCGCCUCAAAAGCCCUCUCCACUCCCACUCCCCCUCCCUUUCAUGCCUUUUGAGGCGCCUCAAAAGCCCUCUCCACUCCCACUCCCCCUCCCUUUAAUGCCUUUUGAGGCGCCUCAAAAGCCCUCUCCACUCCCACUCCCCCUCCCUUUAAUGCCUUUUGAGGCGCCUCAAAAGCCCUCUCCACUCCCACUCCCUCUCCCUUUCAUGCCUUUUGAGCCCUCUCCACUCCCACUCCCCCUCCCUUUCAUGCCUUUUGAGGUGCCUCAAAAGCCCUCUCCACUCCCACUCCCUCUCCCUUUCAUGCCUUUUGAGGUGCCUCAAAAGCCGUCUCCACUCCCACUCCCCCUCCCUUUCAUGCCUUUUGAGCCCUCUCCACUCCCACUCCCCCUCCCUUUCAUGCCCUUUGAGGCGCCUCAAAAGCCCUCUCCACUCCCACUCCCCCUCCCUUUAAUGCCUUUUGAGGCGCCUCAAAAGCCCUCUCCACUCCCACUCCCCGUCCCUUUAAUGCCUUUUGAGGCGCCUCAAAAGCCCUCUCCACUCCCACUCCCCCUCCCUUUAAUGCCUUUUGAGGCGCCUCAAAAGCCCUCUCCACUCCCACUCCCUCUCCCUUUCAUGCCUUUUGAGCCCUCUCCACUCCCACUCCCCUUCCCUUUCAUGCCUUUUGAGGCGCCUCAAAAGCCCUCUCCACUCCCACUCCCCCUCCCUUUAAUGCCUUUUGAGGCGCCUCAAAAGCCCUCUCCACUCCCACUCCCCCUCCCUUUAAUGCCUUUUGAGGCGCCUCAAAAGCCCUCUCCACUCCCACUCCCCCUCCCUUUAAUGCCUUUUGAGGCGCCUCAAAAGCCCUCUCCACUCCCACUCCCUCUCCCUUUCAUGCCUUUUGAGCCCUCUCCACUCCCACUCCCCCUCCCUUUCAUGCCUUUUGAGGUACCUCAAAAGCCCUCUCCACUCCCACUCCCCCUCCCUUUCAUGCCUUUUGAGGCGCCUCAAAAGCCCUCUCCACUCCCACUCCCCCUCCCUUUAAUGCCUUUUGAGGCGCCUCAAAAGCCCUCUCCACUCCCACUCCCCCUCCCUUUAAUGCCUUUUGAGGCGCCUCAAAAGCCCUCUCCACUCCCACUCCCCCUCCCUUUAAUGCCUUUUGAGGCGCCUCAAAAGCCCUCUCCACUCCCACUCCCUCUCCCUUUCAUGCCUUUUGAGCCCUCUCCACUCCCACUCCCCCUCCCUUUCAUGCCUUUUGAGGUGCCUCAAAAGCCCUCUCCACUCCCACUCCCUCUCCCUUUCAUGCCUUUUGAGGUGCCUCAAAAGCCGUCUCCACUCCCACUCCCCCUCCCUUUCAUGCCUUUUGAGCCCUCUCCACUCCCACUCCCCCUCCCUUUCAUGCCCUUUGAGGCGCCUCAAAAGCCCUCUCCACUCCCACUCCCCCUCCCUUUAAUGCCUUUUGAGGCGCCUCAAAAGCCCUCUCCACUCCCACUCCCCCUCCCUUUAAUGCCUUUUGAGGCGCCUCAAAAGCCCUCUCCACUCCCACUCCCCCUCCCUUUAAUGCCUUUUGAGGCGCCUCAAAAGCCCUCUCCACUCCCACUCCCUCUCCCUUUCAUGCCUUUUGAGCCCUCUCCACUCCCACUCCCCCUCCCUUUCAUGCCUUUUGAGGUGCCUCAAAAGCCCUCUCCACUCCCACUCCCUCUCCCUUUCAUGCCUUUUGAGGUGCCUCAAAAGCCCUCUCCACUCCCACUCCCCCUCCCUUUCAUGCCUUUUGAGCCCUCUCCACUCCCACUCCCCCUCCCUUUCAUGCCUUUUGAGGCGCCUCAAAAGCCCUCUCCACUCCCACUCCCCCUCCCUUUAAUGCCUUUUGAGGCGCCUCAAAAGCCCUCUCCACUCCCACUCCCCCUCCCUUUAAUGCCUUUUGAGGCGCCUCAAAAGCCCUCUCCACUCCCACUCCCCCUCCCUUUAAUGCCUUUUGAGGCGCCUCAAAAGCCCUCUCCACUCCCACUCCCUCUCCCUUUCAUGCCUUUUGAGCCCUCUCCACUCCCACUCCCCCUCCCUUUCAUGCCUUUUGAGGUACCUCAAAAGCCCUCUCCACUCCCACUCCCCCUCCCUUUCAUGCCUUUUGAGCCCUCUCCACUCCCACUCCCCCUCCCUUUCAUGCCUUUUGAGGCGCCUCAAAAGCCCUCUCCACUCCCACUCCCCCUCCCUUUAAUGCCUUUUGAGGCGCCUCAAAAGCCCUCUCCACUCCCACUCCCCCUCCCUUUAAUGCCUUUUGAGGCGCCUCAAAAGCCCUCUCCACUCCCACUCCCCCUCCCUUUAAUGCCUUUUGAGGCGCCUCAAAAGCCCUCUCCACUCCCACUCCCUCUCCCUUUCAUGCCUUUUGAGGUGCCUCAAAAGCCCUCUCCACUCCCACUCCCCCUCCCUUUAAUGCCUUUUGAGGCGCCUCAAAAGCCCUCUCCACUCCCACUCCCCCUCCCUUUAAUGCCUUUUGAGGCGCCUCAAAAGCCCUCUCCACUCCCACUCCCCCUCCCUUUAAUGCCUUUUGAGGCGCCUCAAAAGCCCUCUCCACUCCCACUCCCCCUCCCUUUAAUGCCUUUUGAGGCGCCUCAAAAGCCCUCUCCACUCCCACUCCCUCUCCCUUUCAUGCCUUUUGAGGCGCCUCAAAAGCCCUCUCCACUCCCACUCCCCCUCCCUUUAAUGCCUUUUGAGGCGCCUCAAAAGCCCUCUCCACUCCCACUCCCCCUCCCUUUAAUGCCUUUUGAGGCGCCUCAAAAGCCCUCUCCACUCCCACUCCCCCUCCCUUUAAUGCCUUUUGAGGCGCCUCAAAAGCCCUCUCCACUCCCACUCCCUCUCCCUUUCAUGCCUUUUGAGCCCUCUCCACUCCCACUCCCCCUCCCUUUCAUGCCUUUUGAGCCCUCUCCACUCCCACUCCCCCUCCCUUUCAUGCCUUUUGAGGUGCCUCAAAAGCACUCUCCACUCCCACUCCCUCUCCCUUUCAUGCCUUUUGAGGUGCCUCAAAAGCCCUCUCCACUCCCACUCCCCCUCCCUUUCAUGCCUUUUGAGGCGCCUCAAAAGCCCUCUCCACUCCCACUCCCCCUCCCUUUAAUGCCUUUUGAGGCGCCUCAAAAGCCCUCUCCACUCCCACUCCCCCUCCCUUUAAUGCCUUUUGAGGCGCCUCAAAAGCCCUCUCCACUCCCACUCCCCCUCCCUUUAAUGCCUUUUGAGGCGCCUCAAAAGCCCUCUCCACUCCCACUCCCUCUCCCUUUCAUGCCUUUUGAGCCCUCUCCACUCCCACUCCCCCUCCCUUUCAUGCCUUUUGAGGCGCCUCAAAAGCCCUCUCCACUCCCACUCCCCCUCCCUUUAAUGCCUUUUGAGGCGCCUCAAAAGCCCUCUCCACUCCCACUCCCCCUCCCUUUAAUGCCUUUUGAGGCGCCUCAAAAGCCCUCUCCACUCCCACUCCCCCUCCCUUUCAUGCCUUUUGAGCCCUCUCCACUCCCACUCCCCCUCCCUUUCAUGCCUUUUGAGCCCUCUCCACUCCCACUCCCCCUCCCUUUCAUGCCUUUUGAGGCGCCUCAAAAGCCCUCUCCACUCCCACUCCCCCUCCCUUUAAUGCCUUUUGAGGCGCCUCAAAAGCCCUCUCCACUCCCACUCCCCCUCCCUUUAAUGCCUUUUGAGGCGCCUCAAAAGCCCUCUCCACUCCCACUCCCUCUCCCUUUCAUGCCUUUUGAGCCCUCUCCACUCCCACUCCCCCUCCCUUUCAUGCCUUUUGAGGCGCCUCAAAAGCCCUCUCCACUCCCACUCCCCCUCCCUUUCAUGCCUUUUGAGGCGCCUCAAAAGCCCUCUCCACUCCCACUCCCCCUCCCUUUAAUGCCUUUUGAGGCGCCUCAAAAGCCCUCUCCACUCCCACUCCCUCUCCCUUUCAUGCCUUUUGAGCCCUCUCCACUCCCACUCCCCCUCCCUUUCAUGCCUUUUGAGGCGCCUCAAAAGCCCUCUCCACUCCCACUCCCCCUCCCUUUAAUGCCUUUUGAGGCGCCUCAAAAGCCCUCUCCACUCCCACUCCCCCUCCCUUUAUUGCCUUUUGAGGCGCCUCAAAAGCCCUCUCCACUCCCACUCCCUCUCCCUUUCAUGCCUUUUGAGCCCUCUCCACUCCCACUCCCCCUCCCUUUCAUGCCUUUUGAGGUGCCUCAAAAGCCCUCUCCACUCCCACUCCCUCUCCCUUUCAUGCCUUUUGAGGUGCCUCAAAAGCCCUCUCCACUCCCACUCCCCCUCCCUUUCAUGCCUUUUGAGCCCUCUCCACUCCCACUCCCCCUCCCUUUCAUGCCUUUUGAGGCGCCUCAAAAGCCCUCUCCACUCCCACUCCCCCUCCCUUUAAUGCCUUUUGAGGCGCCUCAAAAGCCCUCUCCACUCCCACUCCCUCUCCCUUUCAUGCCUUUUGAGCCCUCUCCACUCCCACUCCCCCUCCCUUUCAUGCCUUUUGAGCCCUCUCCACUCCCACUCCCCCUCCCUUUCAUGCCUUUUGAGGCGCCUCAAAAGCCCUCUCCACUCCCACUCCCCCUCCCUUUAAUGCCUUUUGAGGCGCCUCAAAAGCCCUCUCCACUCCCACUCCCCCUCCCUUUAAUGCCUUUUGAGGCGCCUCAAAAGCCCUCUCCACUCCCGCUCCCCCUCCCUUUAAUGCCUUUUGAGGCGCCUCAAAAGCCCUCUCCACUCCCACUCCCCCUCCCUUUCAUGCCUUUUGAGGCGCCUCAAAAGCCCUCUCCACUCCCACUCCCCCUCCCUUUAAUGGCUUUUGAGGCGCCUCAAAAGCCCUCUCCACUCCCACUCCCCCUCCCUUUAAUGCCUUUUGAGGCGCCUCAAAAGCCCUCUCCACUCCCACUCCCCCUCCCUUUCAUGCCUUUUGAGGCGCCUCAAAAGCCCUCUCCACUCCCACUCCCCCUCCCUUUCAUGCCUUUUGAGGUGCCUCAAAAGCCCUCUCCACUCCCACUCCCUCUCCCUUUCAUGCCUUUUGAGGUGCCUCAAAAGCCCUCUCCACUCCCACUCCCCCUCCCUUUCAUGCCUUUUGAGGCGCCUCAAAAGCCCUCUCCACUCCCACUCCCCCUCCCUUUAAUGCCUUUUGAGGCGCCUCAAAAGCCCUCUCCACUCCCACUCCCCCUCCCUUUAAUGCCUUUUGAGGCGCCUCAAAAGCCCUCUCCACUCCCACUCCCCCUCCCUUUAAUGCCUUUUGAGGCGCCUCAAAAGCCCUCUCCGCUCCCACUCCCUCUCCCUUUCAUGCCUUUUGAGGUGCCUCAAAAGCCCUCUCCACUCCCACUCCCCCUCCCUUUCAUGCCUUUUGAGGCGCCUCAAAAGCCCUCUCCACUCCCACUCCCCCUCCCUUUAAUGCCUUUUGAGGCGCCUCAAAAGCCCUCUCCACUCCCACUCCCCCUCCCUUUAAUGCCUUUUGAGGCGCCUCAAAAGCCCUCUCCACUCCCACUCCCCCUCCCUUUCAUGCCUUUUGAGGCGCCUCAAAAGCCCUCUCCACUCCCACUCCCCCUCCCUUUCAUGCCUUUUGAGGUGCCUCAAAAGCCCUCUCCACUCCCACUCCCUCUCCCUUUCAUGCCUUUUGAGGUGCCUCAAAAGCCCUCUCCACUCCCACUCCCCCUCCCUUUAAUGCCUUUUGAGGCGCCUCAAAAGCCCUCUCCACUCCCACUCCCCCUCCCUUUAAUGCCUUUUGAGGCGCCUCAAAAGCCCUCUCCACUCCCACUCCCCCUCCCUUUAAUGCCUUUUGAGGCGCCUCAAAAGCCCUCUCCGCUCCCACUCCCUCUCCCUUUCAUGCCUUUUGAGGUGCCUCAAAAGCCCUCUCCACUCCCACUCCCCCUCCCUUUCAUGCCUUUUGAGGCGCCUCAAAAGCCCUCUCCACUCCCACUCCCCCUCCCUUUAAUGCCUUUUGAGGCGCCUCAAAAGCCCUCUCCACUCCCACUCCCCCUCCCUUUAAUGCCUUUUGAGGCGCCUCAAAAGCCCUCUCCACUCCCACUCCCCCUCCCUUUCAUGCCUUUUGAG